AUGACUACUCAGUUGAAUUCCAUUAAAACUCUGACUAGUAGCAACUACAAGAAGUGGAAACAGGAUUUUGAAAUAGUGUUAGGCCUGACAGACCUGGACUUUGCAUUGAUUGAACAAAAACCCGCUGAACCCCCAACUACUAGCACUGCUGAUGAAAAGGCUAAGUAUGAAAAAAUGGAUGAAGGUGCAAUUCAGGAUAAUGGAAAUGCAAAAGAUUUCUUGAGUGUCAUUGGACAGAAAUUCCUAGAAUAUAAUAAAGCUGAGAUAGGUAGCUUGAUUGAUUCCCUGUCUACCAUAAAGUAUGACCUUGCAGGUAGUGUCCGUGAUCAUAUUAUGAAAUUGGUUAACAUUGCUAUCAAACUGAACAAUUUAGGUGUAAUAAUUACCGAUGAUUUUCUUGUUCACCAAUUUCUAAAGUUCCUUCCUGAGCAAUUUAACCAACUUAAGAUAGCCUAUAAUUCACAAAAAGAUAAAUGGAGUGUUGAUGAGAUUAUUACUGUUUGUGUGGUAGAGGAAGGGAGGAUCCAACAGGAGAAAGUUGAGGGUAUAGUGAACUUUGUUAACUUGUCUAGAUUAGCUGAUUAUCCCUCUUAUAAAAGAAAAGGUGGACCCAAAUUUCACAAAUAG